AACUGGCAAUCAAGGCAAGAUAAUUUUCUUAAAUCUUAAAUUGAAAUUUGAAUUUUCUGCUUAUUUGCUGUUAAUUUUCACAUACAUUAUUUUGAAUAAGUCCAUUUUCCUUUCUCUAGGCAUUAUGGAAAACCUACAUUUCCGAGUCCUAACAAUGCUAAUAGGUCUUUAUUUUACUGGAACAAUGACAAACCCAUCCAGAAAAGGCAGGAUUUUAUUCAAUUCUGAGUGCCUUCUGACAAACUGUUCUUUUCCUGGAAAGCACGAUACCCGUGUGGACGUACCACAGUCAGCAGCCACCGAGGAUCCGGGCACCAGUUUCCUUAGGGACCUCUUACAGUCUCACGUGCAGAAGGAAGACUGGAAUAUAAAACAUCUGGACCUCAGCAACCAUCGCAUUUCGAACAUCACCUUAAGCCCUCUUGCACACUUCCACGCUUUGCAAGUACUAAACCUCAGCAACAAUUCCAUCUGCUCUGUCUCACUGGAUCUACCCAGUGCUAAGUCCUUGUGGGGCGAACGCCACAGAAGCAGCUUGAGGCGCGGGCUUCCAUUUCUAAAGUUAUUGAUUCUAAAAAGAAACAAACUCACUGACAUUCCCAAGGGACUGUGGAAACUGAAGUCAUUACAGAGUCUGGAUCUGUCUUUCAAUGGGAUAGCGCAGAUCGGCUCGUCUGACCUGCGGAACUGCCUGCGGCUGGAGAACCUCUACUUAAAGAGCAACAGAAUAUUCAGGAUUCAUCCAGAAGCCUUCAAGGACCUCAAGAAGUUACAGGUCGUAGACCUGAGCAGCAAUGUUCUGACCACCAUCUUACCCAUGAUGGUCAUUGCUCUGGAACUUCCCCAUCUGGACGUGGACUUGGCUGAUAACCGAUGGCAGUGUGACUAUAGCGUGGCAGCCUUCCAAAAUGUCAUUUCUGAAUCCUGGAGGGAAACCUGGAACGGCAUCUGCAGCAAGUCUGUGGGGGACGAGGAGGCAUACUGGUGGACCCUCCGAAGCAGAAUUUCCAGGGAGACCCACCUCCCUCACCGUCCUGUGAAGCCUGUGAAAAGCCUCCCACCGGGCCAAGCAGAGAGGCCCCAGGCAGGCCGGUCUGAGCACCCUGGCACCCUGCAGAGGAAGGGGCCCACGGGUGCCCAUGCCAGCGAGAGGCUGCACCGGCUGCCCAGAUGGGCUAGGAGCCCCAGGGAUGUGCCAGUGGCUGGCAGAAGCACAGACGUGUCCCAGGACCUCACCCUGGCCGUCUGUAUCACGUUCUUAGUGGCCUUCUGCCUGGGGGCUUUCAUCAGGCCCUUCCUUGACAGACUGUGGCACCAGAGAUGCGGACACAAAAGGCCCAACGCGGAUAAUGUGGAGAACGCGGAUAACGCGUACUCAAAUGCAGGCUUCUUUGGUGACAGUGAAGCUGCAGGGAACACCCAGCACCUGAGGACAGAUUGGCCCCUCCAAGAGCCCGCCAGCCGCGCUGCUGUCAUCCUCAACGGACCCCUGGGAGAGGGCAGAAGGGAACCCGGCAGCCGGCAGAGCGGGGGACCGCAUGGGGACAGCAGAGGGCGGGGAGCUGGGAAGGAUUACAUACUUCUGAGUGACAGUGCAGCCCAUUCCACUCUCCGAGGACAGCUGAAUGCUGAUCGUAACCAACGAAUUCCAGCAGGACGGGAUCACAUCUGCAAGAAAGAUAUCCUUGAGGAAGGAAAUUAUGCAACUCUGGCCCAGGAAGGUUCUCCCAGCGCGCAUCCAGCAGGUGCCCCUGUGCUAGCUGGCAGACUGCAGACUGUCUCUGGCUCCAUUCAUAAUGACCCAAGCGAAUUAAAUGCACGGCUCUCAGGAGAAAUGGCAGCUUCUCUCUCUAAAAUGCAAAUGCACACGAAAGCACCGGGGGCUGGAGAGAAUGAGCAGUUACCUUCACAGUUUUCCAAGGAAAUGCAAGUGGGCACUUACCUGACCUUGUGGGACAUACAGCAGCACAGGCUGCAGGGGGCCAGAGCUGAGGACGGGCUUCCCGUGUCCCACGGUGCGGUCCCUCUCAGGAACCCGGGACAGCUGAGCCCAGCCCCGCAGCUCUCUCCUCCCGGAGGGGGCCGUGACCCUCAGGGCAGUCCCGCUAACGCGGAACCAGCGCAGAAGCCGGCCCCGCCUGCCCCUCAGUACGCACUGGACAGCAGCUACGAGUCUGAGUCCGACGAAGGGUCGUUAUUUACUCUAAGUUCAGUAAGUUCAGAGGAUGCAAGAAACGCGACCGAAGAAGAGGCACAUGGCCAGGAGAGCCACAGAGCCAGCGAGCCCCUGGAGGACGAGGACGAGGACUCAGGGCUGAGGAGGGACAAUGUGACAUCAUCGGAGGACCCUGCGGACAACACCCCCUGCCAGAAGAUUCUAGAGAAAUGUGAGAACCGGGAGGAUUGUUUUGGAAAACCCCUCAUUUCUGGUCCAGACUCAGGUUUGUGGGAGACUCUUCUGGAAGGUGGCUCCACCACCGACACAGCUGAGGACGCGCUGAGCUCGCCUGGGUCACUGGGCAGCAGCAGUCCGGCCGGCGAGGCGCCCUUGGGCGCGGCCCUCUGUGGCUACGCCGCAGCUCUCCUGUCUGAGGCGGCGGAGUGGCGCUACUCGCUCAGGGACUUAGAGUUUUUUAACGUGGAUGUCGCACCACACACACCACGGUCGGCUGCAGUCCCCUCAGAUCCUGAGCGGAGCGACUGUCGUGAAGGAGACUCUGACAUUUAUAAAUCCGAACCUUGCCUUCAGGAAAGAAACACGGCUCCGAAGGCCACUCCUCUCAAGGUCACCGCGGGCGAGAAGCCCAGACCCUCACGACAGAAUUCUGAAGGGGGCGACAGGAACUCCCACCCGGCGGCCACUGAUGCCAAUGAGGGGUUUCCACGCCCUCUUGAGGACUCUGACUCCGGA